AUGUCUCAUGAUAAUCUCCGCAUAAGUAUGAUGUUCCGAACUCCAGAGUUAACCAAGACUGGAUCUCUUGUGAUGGAAUUGAUUGAACGGGAGAUAGUUGCGGUCGCGAGCUUGGCGAAGCCUAGUGUGCCGACGUUCGUGGGUGUAUGCGAAAUCGAUGUGGCUGCGUUGGAGCAGGUUCGGGGGGUGAAGGGACAUGCUGUUAGAGGGGUGACCUGGGAAGGGGAUGAGCUGUGGAAUUGGGGUUCUAUAGGAAAACCCGGUCAGCAGUCGCCGGAGCAUAUUGAUGGCUGGAUGGGUGAUGGUGAUACAGUGGAGAAGGGGUUGGAAGAAUUGACGAUGGAAGAUGGGAAGGGUGAGGUUGAUAUCGAGGGCGAGGGCGAGGAAGAGGGCGGUGUCUCGCUGGAUGCGGAUGAAGUGAACGAAGACGUCCCGAUCCCAGAGCAGCAAUUACAGGAACCUACCACCAAAGAAAUCGAUAUGGCUUUUCACAACGCUUUCCUCUACUGCCUUUACCAACAUAAAAUAGACAUCCCGUCCACACCUGACCAUGGAAUGACAUUUCCCAUCCAAGCAUCCUUUUUGAUAUCCAAUCUGAUAACGCCAUUCCUACCAAUACACUCACCACAACAAUCGCAAUUUUAUAAUAUCAAAAAAACAUCUUGGAAGAACGUGAAGAAAUUCAUCAAGCAUCUUGACAAAGAAGGCUUGGUUAAGGCUAAAGACCGCAACGGCGGUGAGACAAUAAUCUUGGACGCCGAUUUUGAGGCCGCCCAACUUGCCAAUUUUGUUCCCUAUGAGCUUCCCAAAAAGAAUAACUCGGACAAAGCUGCUAAAUCCGUUUCGUUUGGAGGAGAUGACAAAGAUCUCACUGUGGGCCAGUCAUUCACCGUGAAAACACUGUACCGCCCAAGCGGGAAACUUACACCCACCUUAUUUCCGCCGCUAUCAAACAAAGAUGUGAAUAACUACUACACAAGCUCAGAUGUUUCAAAACGCCUAAAUGAUUAUCUCACUGCCCAAGACCCUCCCAUCAUAUCCACCACAAAUCCACGUAUUAUAUCUCUAAAUCCAUUCAUCAGUAACACCAUCCUGUCCUCUUCCCCCGACGACCUCGCAAUUCUCAAACGCGGCACCAUCCAACGCGACGCGAUCCUCCGACGCCUACUUGAAGACCCUUCGCUCUGCGCCCCUUAUCACGCCAUGCUAAAGCCCGGCCAGACCCUCCACGACGUAAAGCCAAAAGCAGGUCCCGGCCCCAAGGUUACCGUGACCAUUGAGCGUCGCACAGGCUCAAAGGUAGUUACCAAGAUAACGGGUUUAGAACCGUUCGGUGCCGCACCGCAGUUGUUGGCGGAUGAGUUGCAGAAGAAAUGUUCGAGUAGUACGAGCGUUUCACAGGCCGUGGGAGCGGCAAAUGGAGUGAUGAGCGUGUUGGUACAGGGCGAUCACCGUAAAGUUGUUGAAGCAGCGCUGGCUAACCGGGGGGUGAAAUCUCAAUGGAUAGAGAUUGUCGAUAAGUCUCACAAAAAGGGAGGGAAAUGA